GAAGAGGGGAGAACCCUGUUGCGGCGGAAUUGUCAAUUUGAUUGUAUUACUGUUCCUUUACUUCAGUGAAAAACGUAAUUGGGUGAUGGAAAGAUGUUAAAGACAAAUAUUAAGGACUUGGGAAAAGACCGGAAAAGACUCACGGUCCUAAGAAAGUCCUGUUUCUCUCGCCCACCGUUACGCCUCUUUAGUGACGUCACCGCAACCAUUUUUUAGCGGCAAUAACAAAUUCUAGAUGGGAGGAAAAGGAGAAGAAGACACACCACAAUCUCUCCGGAAAACAUCGACCGAUGCUUGCUCAGUGGCCGUUUGUUUGACGUUUUGAAAGAAGAUCACCUUAUAUUUGCCAUUGUUACAUUUGUGCUCGACACAUUACAAAAUGGGUCCGAAGAAGUUGAAGCUGGCAAAAAAGGGAGUGGGACCAAUGGACGGAUUUUUAACGAGAAAACCAGCAAGCCAGAAUGGGAGACGCAGCGAGCCUUCCGAUUUACAAUCUGUUGCAGAGACACACAACAAAAGUGUGGGAAGCAGCCAACCCUCUGAUUUACAACCUGUUCCAGAGAAGACAGCCAACCAAAACGGGGAAAGCAGUCAACCUCCUGAUUUAAAACCUGUUGCAGAGCCCCGUGAGGAACUGCCAUCGUCUAGUGGGAGUACGUCACCUCUCGCCCAAAGUCGGCAGGGAUCGUCUCCAACCUCAAGCAACCCUUUGGAUAGACAGGGAGAAGAGACACAUGGAACCCAUAAUUUCGAGUGGAUCUUGAGUGGUGACAACAAAGCGAUAACGCUCUCCUGCAAUAAAGCGGGUACUGUUGAGGACGUGCUCAAAAGAAGUUCACAAUUUAGAGACAUCUCAGAAAAUAACCUAAACAAAGAGCUGGUUAUUAUGAAAAAUGGAAAAGCCAUCAGUUCCCACUUCCCAUGCUGCUUAAUUAAGAACAAUGAACGACUGACUGUUAAGUAUGUUAAAGCUGUUAAAGCUAAAGCUGUUCAAAAUGCCAAGCAACCGGUUAGUGGCUCUGUUCAACGCAAAAGAAAGCGGCGGUCUGGCGAGCUUGUGAUGUUUCAUUUACUGACUAAGGGAGGUAAAGAUGUGGUUAAUAUCAUGACAAACAGCACACUGACAAAAAUUCCGGAAAUAACUGUGUAUGCGUACAAAGAUGAAAAGGUGAAGCAAGCUCUGAGAAGAGAUAGUCGUUUACUGGAUAUUGUGUUCACAAAGAACUGUGUGCUCUCUCACACAAGCUCUGAGGUAAUCACUGAAAUGUCCAGCCUGGUGGACGAUCUUGAUGGUAAAAGUUUUAAGAUCAUACUCCUCAAUAGGAAGAAUCCACCAGAAAGUCAGCCUGAGAGUCUUGAACUUGAUGACAUGCAAAAUGAACCUCGGAUCAUUGAUCCCAGUGGAGACCAAGCUCCUCCAAAGCAGUCUACCACAAAUGACUCCCUGAAUGAAAACACACCAAACCAGAAACCAACGCUAAAUGGUAACAUGGCAACAGGAAGCACGUUACGUGAGAUACCGAAUUCAAAGGAGAUGAAGGGUCGCCUACUUGCAGAGUUCAAACAUUCGGUUAAAGGGAAGAAAACUCAGAAGCAAACUCCACUUUCUCGGAUCCAGAGACUCUUCCGUGUAGAUUAUGGAAAAAACGUGCAGACAUGCAACGAAGUGAAAACACUGAAAAAACUGAUGGAUCUGAGUAAUUCGGUUUGCCAUGUGAGAAUAAAUGGUAGAUCAGGGGGAAGUGGCUUCCUCCUGUUUGGCAAGUUUGUCCUCACAAAUGGCCAUGUAAUUAAGGGCAUUUAUAAUGAGAGUGAAAGGCAGCUGACUGAGAAAGUCACUGUCCACUUCUCUUAUGAAAGUCUUGGCCAGGUGGAUCCAGGAGCAGCAGUGGAGGAGGACGUUGUUGGCUUUGAGUUUGGUUGUGAUGUUUCAGGGCAUAUGUAUGACUGGGCUUUGUUGAGGCUCUGUGCUGACCAGGAGUUGCCUGAUGUUCUGUUAAAACACUUCAGGUUCCUUCCACAAAAGGGUGGAAUCUGCAUCAUCGGGCAUCCUAUGGAUGCAGUGAAAAAGAUAGAUCCAUGCUUGAUUGUUCCAAGAGAAGGCCUAAAUCAGGUUGUGGAGAGGCAUCAGGCAGAAUACAGUCAAAUGCCCAUUCAGUUGGUUACUCACCAGUUAUUUGAUGGUGUGAAAGAAGAUAUCAGACAACAGCCAAAGACUCUACUAUACGAGUCUUGUUUUUAUUAUGGUUCAUCUGGCUCUCCUGUCUUUGACGAACACUGCAAUGUUGUUGCAAUGCAUUCAGGCGGGUAUGAAUACCCUAAUGGAAAGGAUGAAAUCCAGAGUGUCAUAGAGUUUGGCUAUCCUUUGUCCGAUAUUAUGGAACGUAUUGUUAUCCAAAUGGUGCAAAGCAACAGGUUCGAUGUUUUGAAGGAAUACCUGGAUUGUGAUCAUGCUGAUCAGCAAAGGGUGAUGAGCAAUUUGAAGAACCUGGUUGAGGGCAGAAAUAUCAUCGCAUUUAAAAACAGAGUCAACGACCCACUGAUCUGUAAUGACGAGGGUUUGAAGAAGUUCUUUGAGUUCUUCUCUCAGAUGGAUGAACCUGUCCCAAUGGACUAGGGUUGCACGGUAUUGAAAAAAACUGACCCCUGCGGUAUAUAUUGCGGUUUUUUUAACCUGUUAAACCCCAAAGUCCCGGCGGGUACUUUACUUUUUUUUCACGACAGUGUCUCAGGGGAUCGUAAUAUUUAAGAACCUAUUAAUGUGUUAUACCAGAUUAACAGAAAUAAUCUCAGCUAACUGAGUAUACAAACCAUUUUUACCAAAACAAAACACAAGUCUCAUAAGAAGCAUCUAAAUUACCCCUGAUAGAAA